UCUCUCGCUCGCUCGCGCUCCCCCUCCCCGCUAGCUCUCUCUCCGCGCGCACUUUUCGGCUCACUUUCCCGCUGUCAGUGUCGCUCUCGGCUCCUCCAUCCCUCACCAAUGUUUCACUCGCGCACAAACUCUCCUUCCUCCGCCCUUCCUGCGCACCGUUAGGCGAAUUCGCCAACUUUCUCGCGCCGCUCCGGGAUAUUCCUCGUUUUGCGCUCCUCGCUCGGGACACUUUUGUUGCGCUUCUUUUUUUUUUUCCCCCCUUUUUUUUUUUUUUUUUUUAAAUGUUUUCUUCUUCUUCUUCUGCUUCUUCUUCCACUCUGGGUUUUCCACUCUGAACUUCGCUCUUUCCCCCCUCCCCCCCCGCCGAGGUGACCAUGGCCGUUCCGGCUUCCCUGAUGCCCUCCGCCCCCGUGGUCCACCCGCCUCCCAUCACAACUUCUUCGGCCGCGACCACGUCGCCCUCCGGCACCUCGAGCCCGUCGCCCUCCUCGGCGGCCCCGUCCGGCGCGAGCCUCUUCCGAUCGGAGCUGCUGGCCACGGGCACGAGCAGCCCGGGCGUCCCCCCCCAGGCGGCGGCGGUGGCGGCGGCGGCGGCUGCGGCGGCCGCGGCGGCCGCUGUGGUGGUGCCCGGCAAGCCGGUGUACUCGACCCCGUCCCCGGUGGAGAACACCCCGCAGAACAACGAGUGCAGGAUGGUGGAGCUGCGCGGCGCCAAGGUGGCCUCGUUCACCGUGGACGGACAGGAGCUCAUCUGCCUGCCGCAGGCCUUCGACCUCUUCCUCAAGCACCUGGUGGGCGGCCUGCACACCGUCUACACGAAGCUGAAGCGCCUCGAGAUCACGCCCGUGGUGUGCAACGUGGAGCAGGUGCGCAUCCUGCGCGGGCUCGGCGCCAUCCAGCCGGGGGUGAACCGCUGCAAGCUCAUCUCCAGGAAGGACUUCGAGACGCUCUACAACGACUGCACGAACGCCAGCUCGAGACCCGGGAGACCCCCGAAGAGGACCCAGAGCGUGACGUCGCCGGAGAACCCCCACAUCAUGCCGCACUCGGUCCCGGGCCUCAUGUCGCCGGGAAUCAUUCCUCCCACAGGCCUCACGGCCGCCGCAGCCGCGGCUGCCAACGCCGCCAUCGCCGAGGCCAUGAAGGUGAAGAAAAUCAAGCUGGAGGUGAUGAGUAGCUACCACAGCGGCAGCAGCGGCAACCAGCAGGGCGGCGACGCUGAGAACGGCGAGCUCAACUCGAGUGUCGGCUUAGAACUUCCCUUCAUGAUGAUGCCGCAUCCACUGAUCCCCGUUAACCUGCCUCCUGCGUCUGUCUCCAUGGCGAUGAGCCAGAUGAACCACCUGAGCACGAUCGCUAACAUGGCGGCGGCGGCGCACGUGCAAAGUGUGCCGUCCCGAAUGGUGACCUCUGUCAUAAAGGAGCGCGUGCCCGACAGCCCUUCGCCUGCUCCCUCCCUGGAGGAUGGAAGGAGACCUGGAAGUCACCCAUCAUCUCAGCGUAGCAGCAGUGUGUCCAGCUCCCCGGGUCGCACGGAGAGCUCUUCGGACCGAAUCCCCGUGCACCAGAACGGACUCUCAAUGAACCAGACCCUUCUGGGACUGUCUCCAAACAUCCUACCGGGCCCGAAGGAAGGAGACCUCGCCACCCAUGACAUGGGGCACGAAGCCAAGAGAAUACACACAGAGAAAGACGAGACCCCCGUGUGCACCCCGACGGCGCGGGACGGCUACGAGAGGCUCUCCCUUGGCGGCCAGACCCUCCCCCCGGGGUUCCCGUCGCCGUUCCUCUUCCCCGACGGGCUGUCAUCGAUAGAAACACUACUGACAAACAUACAGGGCCUGCUGAAGGUGGCCAUCGACAACGCCCGGGCGCAGGAGAAGCAGGUUCAGCUGGAGAAGACGGAGCUCAAGAUGGAGCUCUUCCGCGAGAGAGAGCUGCGGGAGACGCUCGAGAAGCAGCUGGCCAUGGAGCAGAAAAACCGAGCUAUAAUCCAGAAGCGGUUAAAGAAGGAGAAGAAGGCCAAGAGGAAACUCCAGGAAGCGCUGGAGUACGAGUCCAAGCGGAGGGAGCAGGCCGAGCAAACGCUGAAGCAGACGUCGUCCGCAGAGAGUCUCCGGUCCAUCAGUGACUCGUUGACCCAGGAGAUUGAGACUGACCGCAGCAGUGGCAGAACAGAUGCUGAGAGGACUAUACAAGGUAGAGAUCUGGGGAAGGCCAUAAAUCCCGCGCUGCUCUUCGCCACGGCGCCCGGGCGCUGGUUACCUCGGCCCGUCGCUAAGGCGGCCGGCGGAUCUCGCCAUCUGGGACGCUGCGCUCCAAGGUCGGGGUUUGCAGUGUGUGAUUAAUGAGGGGCCCUUUAAAGACAGCGCGGUGAACCUAACGUCCUUUUCCGCACGGUAAAGGAGCGCACCCGCAAAUAUGCACAAGGAGCAUGCAAUGUGACAGUAUUGUAUGAUCUGCCCCUAUUUAAUAUUCGAACGGAAUCUAAAUCUAAGCGAAUCGUAUUUCUGCAGACUUCCACUCUUCGUAGCUCCGUUCUUUUGGUAAAAAGGCAGCUCUUCGUGAGGAUUGCAGUAGGA